GGAAUUUUCAACUAACAUCACUCCUCAGGCAGUAUGGAGACCUGGCACCAAAACAUCCGUCUCCUACCUAGGUACACCAAAUUGAUGAGUUUCUGGACGUUGGUUCCACCCAAUCACAUUUCAUGGUGGAUUUUGUGGCCCUCAGAUGCAGUCCGUGAGGGGCUUACUCAAGUCGAUGAGAAUCUCCGAAUCCCACUAAGUUGAAGUUGCGUCCGGAGUGGAGGGAAUGGGCGAUUGUAAUGCUGCGGGACGGCCGGGUCAAUGUUUCUAACUUGACUAAUUGCCUAUCUUUUCGAGAGCUCGCAGACCUAGCAGUCAAACAAGAGCGAGCAAUCCUAAAACAGCAGCGGAAUAAGUCGAAGAAAAUUUCUGAUAAUAAGUCAACGGUUACUUCCUCGUCCUCAUCGACGGAUCUCGACACACCUAGGACGCUUACACAGGAUGAUAUAAAUUCAUUUGUUGUCCAGCAGAUGAGCAAUGAAAGGGCACCCUGGCGUCUUAGUUGGGCCUCCAGUCCCAGCGUUCGAGGUCAUGCGAAGCUACCAAGCCAGGAGGAAAUCAACCAAUAUGUGAUCCGACAAAUGAGUCGAGAACGAGAGCAGUCCCUAAGGGCUCACAGUCAAAGCCAGCCAGAGCCAUCAAUGCGAAGCCAGCCCCGAUCAAGGCCACCGAUAGUACGCUGUACAUUCUGCGGCGAUACCUUCCAUCAGUCGACAAACUGCUGGCGUUGCUGGCGAGUGGCUAUUGAGGCACUGCAGCCUAAUGCUGCCCCUGAGCCUGUUGAAUCCAGAAAUGGCGUGUCUAUCCAGCCACGCAUAUACGUCUCUGGGUUUACUCCCUUCUAGCUUGGAUGUUAUAAAAACGGUUAUGAUCUUGGGGCAAUCUUAUGUGUCAUUUGUCGCGGCGUUGGCGAUCAUGGGGAUUUCAUCUUAAUCAUGCCCUCUUUCGGCAGUCAAGUCAAUACUUACUAUGUACAUAUUAUCUAGAGCUAAUGCUAAUCGGCUUAAUAUGCAGGUCUCCUUUCGCCUAUAUUUCUGCGAGCAGAUGCCUUUCAUAAUCUAGCCCCUCGCUGCUCUAA